UGUUUUCACUUGUGUGAAGGAAAUUCCAUUGAUUUAAAAAAAAUAAAAGUGUCUGUUUUUAUGAUACCCCAGGCUGUAGAACAGCGACAUUAUUCAUGCAUCGCCUUGAAGCACAUUUUAAGCCAUGCGAUGACUUGAGUCAGUGCUGCUCUGUUGUCUGCAAUGAUGGAGGAGUGGUGUGAGUUCGUGACCUAUUUCGGUACAUAGAUAUUCCGUACUCUUUGGCAAUCUCAGCAGUUUGGCACUUGAUAUGUGUGCUAGAACACCUCACCCUAAAGAUGUGUUCAAGUUGGAUGCAGGUGACAUUUCUCCUUGUACACUUGAUUGUUGCAGGAGCAGUGGUAUACCAGUACCCAGGGUCACUAACAGUGGCAGAGGGUACCAAUGUGACGUUUCACUGUGACAUCAGUGAAAUGGGAGGGGAAUGCUCUUAUAUCGUAUGGGUGCAAGUGGGACCUAUGAGAAAGCUCACACUCUGGCCUCAAAAAACCUACAGUGUCCACACCAACACGGCCUGCCUCCUGAACAUCAUCAAUGCCAACAGGACAAGUGUGGGCAUCUUCUACUGUGCCCUGCUUAAUGGUGCCAUGCUGAACAUGGGCAAUGGGAGUGUGCUGGAAGUCUCUGACACUAUCACCUCUGAAGCUACUCUGGAGGUCCUGGUGCCUGUGGACUGGCAGGAGGCCCCCUCAUCCCCAGUCCCACUCCUGUGCCUGGUGUCUGGACUGGAUCCCAGUCAGGCCAAGGUGUACUGGGAGGUGGAGGGGAAGGUUCAGUCCUCAGAGCGUUUACCUGAGGUUGAGUCAGAGAAGCCAGCCACUGUCAGAGUCCAGCUCUCUGUACCUGGCCAUACCUGGGCUGAAGGUGAAGAGAUCACCUGUGUUAUGGAGAGCACCAGUGGGGUGAAGAUGAACAAGACAGUCAGCAGGAUGGGAAUGGGGAGGUCCAGACAGGGAAUGUUUCUGGCCAUCUCUUUGGGCGGCAUGUGUAUCCUUCUUUCUAUUGUGGUGAUUGUCAUCACCUUGUAUGUCUGCAGACUGAAACACGACCCUCGAAAGAAAAGAUUUCAAGCCUAUGAGCACAACCAGGACGGAGCACAGGGUCUGACCGAAGUGCAAUAUGCCAGUUUAAAGUUUGGAGCUGGUCGUGGGAGACCCUUACCUACAGCCGCAGCUAAAAACAGACAAUAUAAGUAGGCUAAAGCUGGCCUAGUAAGACCUUACAUGUGAAUUACAUUUUCUACAAAAACAUAAAAGAAGUGCUUAUUCAUUCAGGGUCAUCGGUUUGUCAAAAUGCUCCUGUGCUUUCUUGCUUAUGUUUUCUGACCUACUUAUUUGAGUCAAUGAUGUAAGGAUUUUUGCCUUUAGAAUUAGGAACUUAUUUAGUCAGAUUGUGUUGUCAUUUUACAAGCUUUGUGAUUAAAAAUCAUUUGUCUUGUUGAAAUAAUAGCCAAAUGUAAAUUACAUUUAAGACAAGUUUAAUUUAUGGAGUGAACUCAUUUCUCUAGUCAUAUGCUGAUGAGAUUUUUGUGAUAAUAGUCAGCAAUAAAAAUGAGUCACAGAUGGAA